CAUAUCCGUUCAGAACGAAAACGUAACGUAAUUCGCUAACACGUUUUCUCCUAGAACAGCAUAUUUCUUUAGGCUUGGCGCCUUCGUCAAAUGCAGUGAGCGUCGGUGUACGUAAAAUGGCGGACGGUGACAUUGAUUUGUACGCCGACGAUCUCGAGCAAGAUUUCGCGCAGAUUCACAGCAAGAAAAGCAAAAUGGUGUUAGCGGAUGAGUUUGCUGGUGAUGGCGUUGAUUUGUAUGAUGAUGUGAUAGCAGCUCCUGCUGGUGGUAAUGGUGGCGUUUCUACGGGAAAUAGUGGAGAUGGUGCUGGUGAUACUACUUCACCAAAUGAAGAAACAAAUGGUAGCGCACCUUACCAUCAACUUGGAAAUAAUAUUCAGCCAAACCAAAUUGGGAGACGUCAUCAACUAUAUGUUGGAAAUUUGACUUGGUGGACAAGUGACCAAGAUAUAACUGAUGCUGUUCAAAGUAUUGGUGUAUCAGACUUUGUUGAAGUAAAAUUCUUUGAAAAUCGAGCCAAUGGACAAUCUAAAGGAUUCUGUGUGAUAUCUUUGGGAUCAGAACAAAGUAUGAGGAUAUGCAUGGAAAGAUUACCUAAAAAGGAAUUGCAUGGACAGAAUCCAGUAGUAACAUUUCCAACUAAACAAGCUUUGAAUCAAUUUGAGUCUCAGUGUAAGACACGACCAGCUCCGGCUCCUCAACAGAGUCAGAGUCAGCGUCCCCAUAAUCCACAUCAGCAUCAGUCACCAAUGCCACCCCAUCAACAGCAUCCACAACAUCCCCAACACCCUCAACAUUCGCAACAAAAUCAUGGUCCUAGGAUGAUGAUGGGUCCUCCGCAGGGUGUACGACCACAGAGAAUGCCACCUCCAGGGAUGGGUCCACCAGGUCCAGGUGGCCAGCAAGGUCCACCGCGUAUGCAUGGUCCGCCGAUGGGUCCUGGACCGGGACCGCACCAUCCUUUACCUGGGCAUCCUAACCAAGGUCCACCACCUCCUGGUUAUCAGCAGGGCCCAUGGAAUGGGCCAAGACCUAAUGGUCCACCUGGACCACCAAGAGGCCCAAGUGGACCUGGUGGUCCACCUCAACAAGGACCACCAGGACCAGGUCCUGGUCAACAUCGGCCUCCAGGAAUGAGUUGUACUAGAGACCUUUCAGAAGCCAGUUACCAUAUACCACAGCAAUUUCAUGGUGGUCCGCCUGGUCCACCUGGUCAAGGACCUCCACGUGGUCCACCUGGACAUCCUGGUGGACCUCCAGGUGAUCCAAGAGGUGCUCAACCACGUCCCGAAUGGAAUAGACCACCAGGAAUGCAUCACGGGCCUCAGGGACCACCAGGUUUCCCUCAACAUCAACAUAUGCAAGGCCCGCAACCUGGUCAAGGCCCACCACAGAGAGGACCUCCUCCAGGUUCUAUGGGUGGAAUGUUACCAGGUCCAGGAGGUCCACCACCUGGUCAUGGUGGCCCACCUCAAGGACCACCACAAGGACCCCCAGGAGGACCUGCACCACAUGUGAAUCCAGCAUUUUUCCCACAAGGACCACCUCAUCAACAUCCAGGACAACAUCCACCAGGUCCUCCUGGUCCACCCCAUGGACCACCCCAUGGUCCACCACAUGGUCCACCACAUGGUCCACCUCAUGGUCCACCUCAUGGUCCUCCACAUGGUCAACCACAUGUGCCACCUCAUGGUUAUGGACCACCUGCAGCACAGCCACCUUAUGGUGCACCAGGACCUGAUCAUCGCCCAGAAGGUCCUCCUCCCCUUACAGAACAAGAAUUUGAAGAAAUCAUGGGUAGAAAUAGAACCGUUUCUUCUUCUGCUAUUGCUCGAGCAGUAUCUGAUGCUGCAGCAGGGGAAUACGCAAGCGCUAUAGAAACCCUGGUUACAGCCAUCUCUUUGAUAAAACAAUCCAAGGUUGCUGCAGAUGAUAGAUGUAAAAUUUUAAUCAGUUCUCUUCAAGACACCUUGCGCGGCGUCGAAACAAAGAGUUAUGGAUCCGCACGUAGGGAACGAUCACGUUCACGAGACAGGGAACGCAGUCACAGAAGAAGACGUGAGCGUUCAAGGAGCCGUGACAGGGAAUACAGAGAAAGAAGCAGAGACAGAGAUAGAGAGCGUGACAGGGAACGCGAUCGUGAAAGGGAAAGGGAUCGUGAUCGUGACAGAGAACGUUAUUACAGUGAACCAUAUCCACGGGAGAGAUCACGAAGCAGGGAGAGGGAUCGUGAACGUGAAAGAGAUCGCGAAUAUAGAGAGCGAAGCAGAGAAGAAAGUACGACACGUCAGUCAGCCAGGCCAAGAGUAAAAGAAGAACCGCCAGAGACGGCUCCCGUCUCGUCUUCCAAGGCGUCUAGGUAUUAUGACGAUCGCUACAGAGAGCGUGAACGAGACAGAGAUCGAGAACGAGAGUCGAGCCGAAGACCAUCCGAGAGAGAACGAGAACCGGAGCGUGAACGGGAGCGAGAACGAGAAAGAGAUCGUCGCGACGAACGUGGAGACUCUUCGCAUCGUUCAAGGCAUUAAAGGCGAUUACGUGUCGGAGAGAAUAAAGAAGAAUUCUCGUUUACAAAAAAAUCAGAAAUAACAGAAAAAACAAUGAGAAUAAAAAUACAGAAGGGCCAGAAAACGAGGAAGAGGUCACGUCUUAGCAUGCAGUGUUUGCAGGAUCUUACCGGUCAUUUUCUUGCAAGCGUCAUUGAGAAACGGAUCCAAGAGGACACUCAUACACGUUUAUCUCUUGAGAGCACAUGCUUAUCUUCUGUAUUUUGUCUGAAUAUCAGUAGUAUUUAAACACUUUCUCGGCUGAACAGGGAAACCAUUGGUUUCGAAAUGAAAGAAACACAGUGACCUUGCAAUUAAUUAAAUUUUUUGAUAAAUCUAUCAUGAUUCCAUUUAUAUAUGAUCGGUAAUUCAGAGCACCUUUCGAUACAACAGAUUUAGUCUUUGUAUUAGAAGUAUAGAUAACCAUCUUCCAGUUAUUUGUUUUACAUGACAAAUAGCUCUGUACUAGAGGUCUGUAGUUUAUGUGUAUUUAAUAUCUAUGUGUACACGUGUAUAAACCGUAUUUGUAUGUUUUACCACGUAAUUUUUAGUACGUGUUUAUCUGUAUAUUAGGAGUAUCUAAUUCACGUAUGUUUAAAUAUCCGGGUACACGCGUAUUGAUGCAUUCAUAUUCUAACGUACAACUUGGAAGUCUAUAUUUAAAAAAUUUUGUUUUAUACACUUAUUCUUGUACUAUUGUAUCUUAUUAGUAGAAUGGUUAUUAAUUCUUAAGUUUCAUAUUAAAGUAUAAGAUCGUGAUCAAUCACAAUUCCCUUUUUUUAUAAACAUUUAAAAUUCUAAUUAUAGGGAAUUAAGAACAUGAAUUUUGUAUUUCCUAGUAACAUGCUACACGUGUCUGUUUAUUGCACGUUUAGGAAACUAUGACCUCUAGAAUUUUUAUCAGCUGCAACUGAAUGACUAUGUUAUGAUUGUAUUAAAUUAUAAAUAUCUAUUUUUAGGUGUGCUUAGAUACAUUUAUCGGUAUGUGACGAAGCAUCUAAAAAUAGAGAAUCUCGGUCGAGAAAGUGGCGAAUCCCAAUUAUGUUUCGAUAACAUAAGUUGCAAGUCUCUGUGUAAACUUUCGACAGAGUUCCGAAUCGCGAGCAUUUUAGCCAAAUUACUACGGGUGGUUUUGUCAUAGGGGAUUCUUAGCAACACGUUGCAUGGGUGGUUGAUCGUAGAAUUUGACAUACAGUUUCUUUUUGAGUCAUCGAUGGUGUUGUUUUUUUCUUUUCUUUUUUCUUUUUGCGUAGCAUACACUAUCAUAUUACUAAAUAUUAUUACACUAAUUAUAAAAAAAACAACAAGAAAAACUGAUAAUGAAGCUAACGAAAACGCAUACACCACAUAUGCAUAUAUACAUGUAUAUCUAUGUAACAUUUAAGCAGAGAGUAUUUGUUUAGUUUUCAGAAAAAAGUAGUGAGAGUGAAAGAGCGAGAAAGAGAGGGAGAGUAUGUGUUAUUCACGAAUAAAAAAAAAGAAUAAUGAUAAUAGCAACAACAAAUUAACAAAAGGAAAAGGUGGCGAAAGCACAACGAAAGUUUCACGAAGAGUUGUGUUCAGUUGCGGUUUACAGAGAAGCUGAAGAAGAGGCUUGCGCCGCACCUAUCGGCGAACGGUGUUGUGUUUGCCGGUUGCCUCGGGGAAGAAUGAAGAUCACACUCUGGACUCUCAUCAUCGGUCUUCUAUCUCCGCGACGAUGCAAGAUUGUAUCUUAACUAUAAUAUAUAUAUACGCUUUCAAAAAAAUAUACGUGAUAAACAUGUCUUUACUUUAUUCAUCAGCACACACAAUCUUCCUGAUAAAUAUGUUAUUUUUGUUUUUGUGCUAUUGCAUUAUUCCAUUUAUUAAUCGAAAGGUGGAACCAAUCGAAAGACGCAUACACGGCAUCCGAUUUAAACACUUUCGAUCUCACCUUUAAUUAAUUUAUUUCUGUACAAUUUUUGAUGUUCGUAACAACGAUCGAUUGGGGAUCGAAAGUGUAUGAUAACAGGGGUGGAACACGAUAUUUUACAUGUAAAAUAAUGAUUAUGUUCCCCAUUAUAUUCUAUGAUAUAUACUAGUCUCAUCCAUGAAAUUGGAAGGAUCAAUGUCAGAGUUAUAUAUACUCUCUGAUAGUUGAGUGUUUGAAAACUAACUUAUCAAAACUACCCAAAUCUGUUCAUCUAAAAAUAAUAAAAAUUAUUAUCCUGAUAUGAUCAUAAUUGUGUUUAUUAAUUGUAAAUAAGUAUAGAUAUUCUAAGAUCAUCGACUUGGGUAAUUUUGGUAAAUUAAUUUUAUGUAAUAGUGCCAUCUUAUUUUUCACUGUUUAGUUGAAACGGCAUAGAAAAUUAUUUAUAACGAUACAUAGUAUAUUGUGAAAGCGUAACACAUUCACGGAACGACUUUGUUUGAAUUGUCAAAAAGGUCCUGUGUAUUAUUUGAAGAAAAGAAUUUCUCUCCUGUGUACGCCCUUACAGCGUACAGAUUAAUCCUCGUAUAAUCAAGGUCUAUGUAAUUAAGAGUUCUAUGAAGAAUUAUGUUUACCUCUUAUGCACUUGAAUGUAGAAUUUAAUAUACAUAAAAAUAUCAUAAAUAUGAUAUUGCGUUCGUCAAAUGUUACACAUUUUGAAAAUAUGUAUUUUAAAUUCAGUAAUAUAUUAUGGUGAUCUCAAUUCUUGAUUGUACGAGGAUUAGAAACUAGAAAAGUUAGUAUUCGUGUGCAGUAGCAGAAACUCUUUCAUGUUUUAGAAGGAUCGGUAUUACUGUAUUUUUCUAUGCUCAAGCAUGAUGUUCUUAAGACUUAACGUCCCUCUUCCUUGUAUAUUUAAUCUUCAUUUUUAUGCAUCUUUUCCGACCUGAAACGAGAAUAUAUCAUCUUAUAAUUUAUUUUUUAGUCACACGUUAUAUGUAUUAUUUUUUAAGUAAUAUGUUAUCCGAUCGCUAUAGUUAGAUGUAAACUAAACUACGAAGUUGUAAAAGUCAUAUACUACAAGCACUGAAUUACGCAUGAAAGAGUUGAGAAUAGCUCAAAAGAAAUUACAACUAAAUUGAACACUAUACAUUCGUCCUCUCUAAGAGAGGAAAAA